CCUCACUAAACGUAACCCUGCGCGUUACCCCGAAUCUAGUAUUUAAUCAUUUCGCGCCAACUGCCGGCUGGCCACACCGUCCGAAAAUCGGCCUUUUCCUUUUCCUGUUGUAUUGCCCGACGGACGUGAUCGCCCGUUCAAUAUAGUGAAUCAAACAUGGCUCGUGGCCCCAAGAAGCAUUUGAAGCGUUUAGCCGCCCCCAAGGCAUGGAUGUUGGACAAGCUGGGAGGCGUCUUCGCCCCGCGUCCCUCGACCGGUCCACACAAGCUGCGUGAGUCGCUGCCCCUGCUGAUCUUCUUGAGAAACCGCUUGAAGUACGCCCUCAACGGCGCCGAGGUCACCAAGAUCGUCAUGCAGCGCCUGGUUAAGGUCGACGGAAAGGUCCGCACCGACCCCACCUACCCCGCUGGCUACAUGGAUGUCAUCACCCUCGAGAAGACCGGUGAGUUCUUCCGUCUGGUCUACGACGUGAAGGGACGCUUCGUCAUCCACCGCAUCUCCGCCGAGGAGGCCAAGUACAAGUUGUGCAAGGUCAAGAAGACCCAGCUGGGCGCCAAGGGAGUUCCUUUCCUGGUCACACACGACGGCCGCACCAUCCGCUACCCGGAUCCCCUGAUCCACGCCAACGACACCGUGCAGGUGGACAUUGCCUCCGGCAAGAUCACCGACUACAUCAAGUUCGAUUCCGGCAACCUCUGCAUGAUCACCGGAGGCAGGAAUUUGGGACGUGUCGGCACCGUUGUCAACCGUGAGCGUCACCCCGGAUCCUUCGACAUUGUGCACAUCAAGGACUCGCAGGGCCAUGUGUUCGCCACCCGUUUGACCAACGUGUUCAUCAUUGGCAAGGGCAACAAGCCCUACAUCUCCCUGCCCAAGGGCAAGGGUGUCAAGCUGAGCAUUGCGGAGGAGCGCGACAAGCGUCUGGCCGCCAAGACCCACUAAGCCGCAGGAGUUUAAGGAUUUUUACCUUUUAGCAUAACACUCUGUACGUUGAGCUACGGAAUUACAAGCCAAGAACGUAA